AUGGAUAAAGGCAGUGACUGUAGUGACGGCAUUUGUGUAAUUCAUUUUGAGGGAAAAGAAUGGCAAAUUAAAUAUUUAACACAAGAAACACUAGAUAAAAUAGUCGAAAGAAGGGAACAUUGGCUAUGUCUAUCGUCGGAAUAUAAAGAUUUUACGAAGGUAGCAAAAAAGUCGUUUGAGUUUAUCCCAGAAAGUUUGAACGUAAAUUACAUUGCAAAAAACUAUUUCUAUCAUUCCGCAUGUUAUCGCAAUUUCACUGACAUCAGUAAGUUUGAAAGGGCCAAAAAAACAUUGGGUAAUGCAGGUAGAAAGCGUCAAGGUGACUGCCCCAGCGAGAAGGAGGAAGAAGUCAAACCAACACCAGAAAAAGUACCCCGAACUACGAGACAAUCUUUUGCAACUGCACAUGCUACAUCGGCUUCUGGAUCGUCAAGUGUUUUACCCAAGUCUUGCUUGAUUUGUAAACAACCAGGACCAAUCUUUUUUACAGAUAAGGUAUUUUUUUUAUUUUUAUGUUGCAUUAUACUUAUACUUAUGCAUUAUACACAAUGAUAUAGUUAAUCAUCUGAUACACUAAAUAUAUUCUUUAUAGGCGACAAAAAAACGUGUAAAACAAGAAUUAUCAGUUGCACAAACGUUAACAGCUGGAAUUUUGGAAAAGGCGGCAACGUUAAAAAAUGAUGAAAGUAUACUUUUGCAUAUUCGUGGAAAGGACUGUGUAGCUAUAGAAGCAAGGUAUCACAAAAAUUGUUACCAGAGGUAUACGAAAUGUGUUUCAAUAAAUCAAGAGAUUCUGGUCCGACCUUGUAUGAUAGAGCCUUUGAAGAAUUCUGCACACCAAUAAAUGAGCAACGCAUCAUUAAAAACAUGGAGAUUUUAUUUCUUAGCUACCUAUUAAAAACGUUUAUCAGCUGUGUGCAGGAAAUAGAACAUAUCGACGUACCCUACCAGGCUGCCAGACUUAAGACCAGGAUUGGAAUGCGAUAUCCGCAAAUCAUUUUCCAUGCCUCAAAAACUAUGAAUAAAGGAACUCUCGUUUAUGCAGAUAAUGUGAUUCCAGGUGAAGUGGCCGAUGAUUUGAUGGAAAUACGCCACAACACACAAGAUGACGAUGACGAAUUCAAUGCAGACGAUCCAUUAAGUGAUAUCACCCAAACUUCAUCGCAGGUUAAUGGCUGUUCUUUUCAAGAUUUUUUUCCCGUUGCAAUGGAAAUAAAAAAGCUUUUGCAAGAAAGUAAAGGCAUAGAUGCUCACUGGUCCCCUGAUUCCCAUGACCUAACUUUGCAAUCUGCCAGGAAAUCAAUUCCGGUGAAGUUAUACAACUUCUUAGCAUGGGCUAUGGGGUUCUCUGAUCAACCACUUCGUGAGGAAAGGGUGCAAAUCAGUGGAAACGAGCAAACUAAACUAGUGUCGAUAGCGCAGGACCUGAUCUAUGCGGAAUCGAAAAGCAGGAAUUUACCCACAAGUCACUGGCUCUUGGAAUGACCGUUCGCCAAAUCACUGGGUCAGUUCGAUUGCUUCGUAUCUUGCAUGGGUUGGGACACACAGCAUCGGUGGCUACUGUUUACAAGCACGACACUGCUUUAGCCAUUGCCAGCAGCAGAGGACAAGAUAUCAUUAUUCCACGUAAUAUUAACCCGGGCAUGUUUGCCACAGUUGUUUGGGAUAACAACGACUUCAACGAAGAAACUGUCUCUGGAAAGGGAACUACCCAUGUGGCGAAUGGAAUUAUGUUGCAAAACGGGAACACAACCUUGGGAGAUCAUGUCACUGUGAGUAAGUGCCGUACUGUACAAGCACCAGGAACGUAUAUCGCACCUUACACCCAGUGGCGUAACUACUAUGGGCUCAGACCGUGAGAACCCGGGGGCCCCAACCUAAAUGGGGGCCCCCAGGCUUAGGCAAUAGAGCAAAAACAUUGGUCAGGGCCUCUGAUAUGUUACAAUGUAGUUUUAUGACCAUCAAAAUUCUGUAAAAUCUCUCCCCAAAGUCCAGGAAAUGGCAUUUCAGAGAGUCUAAAUUCAAACAUUUUCCGGAUGAGCAUGCCCUGGACCCCCUAGAAAAUUCGUGCAUAUACGGCGCUCGACUCGUGCCUUUGGCACUUCUACUAGGGGGGCCUUUGAAAAUUUUGAACCGGGGGCCCCCUGAUAUAACGUUACGCCACUGCUUACACCAACCGAGAAAAAGGAACCAUAUCUUUACGAAGCCAGAGUUCUGACAUUUCCAUUGACGACAAAAGCUAUCAAGAUGAGCAGCAAUUUGCAAGGAAUGCUGAUUUUGUGUACACAUUAUCGCGUAAGUACGCAUCUGAGAGUGGGCUCUUAUUUCCAGGAUGGACCGGGCUCAAUACGCAAGUUCACAAAGAAAUUCCAACUGUCACAAACAUUGGUUACUUGCCGGUGAUCGAUGCGCCAGUCACGGAUUUGGCAACAGUUAAUGCCUUACUCAAGCACAGUGUUUCUAUAUGCCAACGCCUUCAACUUCCAGAGAUCGUGCUGGUAUUUGACGAAGCACUCUAUGCCAAAGCGCAGAUGCUGAGGUGGAAGAACGAAGAAUAUAAGAAUCGAUUGGUGAUUAGGCUGGGAGACUUCCACACCAUCAUGUCGUUCUGCAGUGCCAUAGCCAAAAUUUUCAAAGACGCAGGACUGGAAGUAGGUUUUUUAAUACCUUAUUUGUCCGUUUGUCCUGUUGUUUAUUAGUUUGUGUGUUUGUGCGUUUGUGUGUUUGCUUGUAUGUUCGCCUUCUAUGAAAUCAUCUAUUGAGUUAAUCCAAAUAUUUGUUCGUUUAUUGAUUGAAUGACAUAUGCAAAUUGAUCGACGUACAAUUAACAGUGUGCAUUUUUCCAAAUUGAUAUUUUAGGAUAUCAUGAUCGAAUCAGAGAUAGUUGCCCCUGGAUCCGUUAAAGGUGUGUUAUCUGGGAAGCAUUAUAAUCGCUCUGUAAGAGUUCACAAGUUAAUUUAUGAAGCAAUGCAAAGGAUGCGAUUUGAGGCAUUUGAAAAGUCUUUAGCAAGUUCUGCGUCCAACCAGUUUGACUCGGUUGGUAUCAGUGUUCUGGAGGAUUCUGAGAGAGAAUCGUUUACUGAAAUAUGUACGAGCAAGCAGGUCAAUGAUGCAAAAAGGGCUUAUGAUACGUUCGUGGAAAAACGAAGCGAAGAGAAUCCUACGUUUGCCCUCUGGUCCAAAUAUAUCGACAUGGUUCAACUACUCCUACUCUACAUCAGAGCAACGAGAACAUCAAAUUGGGAACUACACCUUAGUUCACUCCGGUCAACGAUCCCCUGUUUUUUUGCACCUGAUCGAGUGAAUUACUCCAGAUACGCGCCGUGCUACUGGCUUGAAAUGUUGUGUUUAGAGAAAACUCACCCCUGUAAGUGA